AAAAGACAGCCCCUGACUGAGCUGAAGAACAAGGCCAACACGCCACCAGUAUCGAAGCAGCAGGCGCGCCAUGCAAAGCUCGACACCUCACCACAUCCUGCUCUUCCUCACAACGAGUCUUUGGAGGCGGAUGGCACCUUGGCGGUUCGCAGCAAUGAGCGGCCCUACUCACCGGAGAACAAACGAGUCUCGCACAUCGCCAGCGAAUACGAACGCGAUUCGAAGCGCAACUCGGCCAUCUCAACGACUUCGACAAAUGCAUCGCCGCGGAAGCGGAAGGCCUUUAUCGGCCACUGGCAACUGGGCAAGACGAUCGGCAAAGGCGGCUGUUCCCGAGUCCGUAUUGUUCGACACAGGUACCGAGACCAGUUGGGCGCGGUCAAGAUCAUCACGAGAAAGGCUGCCGAAAGCACUCGUGCUCAAAGUCUGGCCAAUCUCAUCGAGAGCACGAAAGGCUCCUCUGCCGUGUCACCUGCUGGCUACAAACCAAUUCCGCACGGCUUGGAGAGGGAGAUUGCAGUCAUGAAGCUUCUGGAGCACCCAAACAUCGUCCGCUUGUAUGAUGUGUGGGAGAAUCGUAACGAACUAUACUUGAUCAUGGAAUUUGUCGAUGGUGGCGAACUCUUUCACUACGUUGACGAGAGGAAGGGUCUCCCGGAGGACGAGACUGUUCUCAUCUUUCGACAAAUCGUCUCUGCCCUCCUCUACUGUCACAGAUUACUUAUCUGCCAUCGCGACCUCAAGCCGGAGAACAUCCUGCUCAACAAGGAGGACUUGACCGUGAAGCUCAUCGACUUUGGCAUGGCUGCAUUACAGCCACCAGGCCGGCUUCUCAGCACACCCUGCGGCAGCCCUCACUAUGCUGCACCAGAACUCGUGAACACACCGAGUAAGGAAUAUGAUGGACAUCAGGCCGAUGUGUGGAGCUGCGGUGUCAUCCUCUACGUGAUGCUCACUGGCACCACGCCCUACAAUUAUGACGCUAGCGGAAAGAUCCAUACACUGUUCCGUCAAAUCUUAGCGGCGAACUACCUCAUGCCCGAGGGCCUCAGCCACGAAGCCAGAGAUCUCAUCAGGAGGAUAUUCGUGGCCGAUCCCAAGAAGCGAAUCACAAUGGACGAAGUUUGGGACCAUCCUCUACUCCACAAAUAUGAUCGGCAAUUCGGCUUCACUGGCGAGUAUGGUACAAAGGAGGCAGCAGUCGGAGAUAUACCCAAGCUCGAUGAAUGGCGCGUGCAUCGUAUACAGGACAUUGAUCGCGAGCUGUUGCGCAACAUGCGAACGCUUUGGCACAGCGAGCCAGAGCAGAGUCUGGUCCAGAAACUGCUGAACAAUGAGUACAACCAGGAAAAGUUGUUUUAUGCUGCACUGAUCAAGCAUCGCGAAGAGAACUUGGAGAACUACAUUGGGGAGCCUGAUGAUAUCAGCUACUCGGCAAGCGACUAUCACCACAACCAUCCGCUCAGGGGUGACGAUCCACCUCCUCUACCGACAGCCGCCCAGCGUUCCGAGUCCAAGUACUCAAUCAUGAACGAUGAGCAUCUACGACCUAGUCACAGCUUUGUCGCGCCGCCUCCAUCUGUCAGCAGCUAUGAUCCGUACAGAGCUUCGAGAGAUCCAAUCGUGAACUCCAAUGGCGAAUACGUAAACAUCAAGGUCCAUCGUACUGCAACCAGCAGCACAAGGAGGGCAAGUGUGGGCCGUAAUCUGCGACAUCCUAACUCUACACGGAUCGAGACUCUCAGGUAUGCUCAUCGCCGUCAGUCGGUUAACGUAUCCUCAUCGAGCUUGCCUCGAUCCGGUAGGAGCAGAUCAACAUUGCCACGGUCGUCAAUGUCGCGGCAUUCUUUGACGAGCACACUGCUGCCCAGCAGUCCGCCGAUUCCCAUCACUAUGCGUCCAUCGGACGUUCACAAGCGUGGUGUAAGCUUCGGUCAUAUACGUCGGGUCUCAACUGCCAGCGCGUUGACAUCGCAAAUGUCUUCGACCAAUGCCUCGACGCCAGUCACGCCAAGCUUGCCCGUUCACCUACGCGACCACCAAGCCAGAGUCAAGGCUCAAGCUAGACAUUUCGCAGAGGAUAGUCCCACAGCCCAUGUGGCACAGCCCAUCAAAUCGCGCAAAGAGAGAUCGAAUAAGCUGGAGACGCCUCGUAUCAAAGUCCGAAAGCCUCUCGAUACUCCUGGCGAUCAUAUGCGCAGCCAGAUUCGAAAGCACAGCGCCGAGCUGGAGAAAGCUUGUGAGGAAGCGUUCUUCCGAGACUCUUACAAUUCCAGCACUACUGCCAGGACUUCUCUCACAGAUAAGCCUUCGCCUUAUGACACUCCUCCUUCAUCUAUCGCGGCUCAGCCAUCAGAUACUACGCCAGGCCUGCCUUCGGCGACAGAACCAACACCACGGCCAUUACCAGACCCACCGAAGGAUACUCCAAACUCAUAUUUGACGCGGACUCUGGAAGAAACAAAGUAUAAGCUAGCCACCUACAAGGGCAGCGGCGAAGACAACACCGCGAGAAUCGAGGAGGUCAUGAAGAUGCUUGACAACAUUAUGCCCACAAGUGGUCCAGCUUCGGAGAGACGGAUAGUAUCUGCACCGGAAAGUGGCAAGCAGUCGGAGCAAAAUGGGUUCCUGCCAAUUAUCUCGGAAGAAGGUAGCGAUCAGCGAAGCAGCAAAGAAGGCAACUGGCAUCGUAGUGUGACAGCUCCAGUAGCCAAGGAGAGGAAUCCCGAGGAUCACACCAUUCGUGUUGUUCCCCCCUCGUCGCCAGGCACCGUGGCUCCUUUGAAUGUCCGCAAACGCAGCAGCGGCAAUCAGCUCAGCAAGGACGUCCAGAGGAGGCCUACGACAAAAGCGUCGAGCGAUGCACUUCGUCGCAAACAUACAGUCGCUGCCGACGUCUCUGCAUUAGAGUCCAUCGACGAAGACACAACCCUGAGCACACCGACGUUAGUACGAAAGAAACGCUCGGGCUGGUUCGGAAGGAUCAAGAGGGAUUUGGAGGAAGAUGAACAAUCAGGACGCCCGGCCUCGAAGGCUGCUAAGUCUAUGCUGACCGCAAGCGACGAGAGCGAUGCUCGAGGACGCUCGUCGCGCCUCACAAGAAACUCGCCUAACAGCAAAUCGUUGCCCGAUGAGCCACCACUCUCGGCGCAAUCAAGCGAAUUCCCGAUCCGCAAGCACCGAUUUGGCAAUAGCAAGAAGGGUUUCUCGAAAUGGCUUGGACGAAUGAGCCGCGAAAAAGGCGAUGACUCCACGAUGGUCACAGAGCCUGACAAUACCACCAUGCUUACGAACCAAUCAUUGGACUCGUUAUUCUCAUCGACCUCCCCAGCACCGUCUAGCAAUGACAGUCCACCGACAGCGGGACCGGAGCGUUCCUGGUUCGCUCGGUUCUUCAACAUCAAGCCUGUGGUGGACGUCCUCUGCUUUAGCAUCCCCCGAGGUCGGGCUCGGCAAGAGCUGGUCGUGCUCUUUAAGGAGUGGCAGCGACACGGCAUUCGCGAUCUCGAGUACUCCCGAGAGACGAACACCAUCACAGCUCGUGUCGACAAGAUCAACACUCUCCACAUCAAGCCUGUCAGUUUCCGCGUGGAACUUUUCAUUGUCCUCGAGCGCGGUCAAAAGGUCGGGCUCUCGAUCGCACGCUUCGUGCAGGUCAAAGGCGCUGCUUCGGGCUUCCGACAAGUCUUGGAUGUCGUCGAUGGCGUCAUGAGAUCUAGAGGUUGGCUGGUGGAGGAUGAGGAGAAGUGGAGAGCUUUGACUGAGGUGGUC